UCCCCUGGAAGCCUCUCUUGCCAGCGGAAGUUGCAGGAUUCGAGCAUGCAGCAGUCGCAGCAGCUGCCUGAGCUGUUUGAAUAUACUCAAUAGUCUAAUCUCUAAAGUAUGGCCAGUGUUGAGCAGGUGACAGCAGUAGGACAGGUUCUGGUGGACCCAGGACUGGACCUGUCCCAGCGGUUCAGAGCAUUAUUCACCCUGAAGAACCUGGGAGGUGUUGACGCUAUAGAAUGGAUCAAUAAAGCCUUCACUGAUGAGUCUGCUCUGCUGAAGCAUGAACUGGCCUACUGCCUGGGACAGAUGCAGGACAGACGGGCCAUACCCGCUUUGACUGCUGUACUCAAAGAUACACAACAGGAACCUAUGGUCAGGCAUGAAGCAGGAGAAGCUCUGGGAGCCAUUGGUGAUCCUGUGGUUCUGGAUCUACUGAAAGAGUACAGUCAGGAUCCUGUUGUAGAGGUUGCAGAGACGUGUCAGCUGGCUGUUCGCCGUUUGGAGUGGCUGCAGAGUGGAGGAGAGAAACAAUUAGAGGAAGGGAGCACAGAUAAGAACCCCUACUGUUCUGUAGACCCAGCCCCUCCAGCAGUGAGGAAGAGUGUGUCAGAGCUGCGCUCCAUCCUGUUGGAUGAGAGUCUGCCACUCUUUGAACGCUACCGUGCCAUGUUUGCACUUCGGAAUCUGGGCAACGAGGAUGCAGUGCUGGCACUGGGAGACGGCCUGCAGUGCUCCAGCGCUCUGUUCCGUCAUGAGAUUGGUUAUGUCCUGGGUCAAAUGCAGCACCCAGCAGCAGUACCAGCCUUGUGUGCAGCUCUGGAGCGUUCUGAUGAGAGCCCCAUGGUCCGGCACGAGGCAGCAGAGGCUCUGGGCUCCAUUGGGAAAGAGGAGUGUCUGGCUGUGCUGCAGCGUUACCGGGAAGACAGAGAACGUGUCGUCAAAGAGAGCUGUGAGGUUGCUCUGGAUAUGCUGGAUUAUGAAAACAGCGACCAGUUCCAGUAUGCAGAUGGACUGGUUAGAUUACAGGGUUAAAGGUCAAUGUCAAAACUGAAGGGGCCUUCACUCAAAUGUCUUCUUCAUACUUUUACUAUAUACUAUUGUAUUUACAACAUAGACAGCUUGACAACUCAGUGCUACGUCAACAAAACUACUGGAUCUCUGGAAUGAAGCUUUACAUUAUGAAAGAAUACUCGGUACAUGAAUUCAAUAAUGAGUGCGGGAGUGAGCUCUCAGCUGUAGGAUGUAUAGGUGUUACAGUGGGGUGGGGCUGUGCACGGCCAUUUCUGUAACUUUCCAAAACGGACAAGCAGACAUUGACACCCACUUCAUGCAGUGAUUGGUCUGUGCAGAGAUGAGAAAAGAGUCAGAGUUUGAACUUCACUCUCUAGCUCUUCUUCUUCUUUCAUGACACAACUAUUUCUGUGACUUUUCAUGUGAACACUAUGACUACCUCUUAGGAGAGACUGUCUGAAACAUGCACUGUUAUCCUCGAAUUUAAACAAUAUGACGUCUUCCACCGUCCCCCCUCCCCUCUCUGUGACGGUUGGCUGAAUUCACAUACAACAUGAAGCAAAGCUCAUCAGUCCUUACUCUGGCAAAUUUACGGUAAUAUUAUUUGUUCUUUUUUUUGCAAUAACUGAUGUGUUCCCCAACUGAAACUGUGUCGGUGUCGCAGUGGAGUGUUUAACAACUCAGGGCUGAUUUAUCUACUUUUCGAGAAGCAUUUUUUCAUAAUUUCCCUCCAGCCCACAUACUUUUUUCUGCUAUCAUUUGCAGUUUUGAUCCAAGCUAUACUGUGGUGUGAUCAGGUCUGCUGCCAGUUCAUUCUUCUCUAAGGAAUAAGCCAAAGAGCGAUUUCUCUGUUGUGGAUUUACAGUAUGUUGGGAAGUACACAGCCCAUAAUGUUUGGAAGGUUCAUUCCAUUAAUCUGCUGCAGAGUGUUGAUUAGCACUCCUAUUACUUCAUCACCAUGGAACGUAUUAAUUUACAGGUUGGAAUACAAUUAGCAUCUUUUAUCAUGCACAGCCAGCUGUGUACUGUAUAUAUAAAAUUAAAAUAAUGUUGUAUACAUUUA